UAGGUGCGGGUGGCGUCAUUGGGAAGCGCCGGAGUGUAGUGGCGAGGAGGUUCUUGUGGAAAUUGGGAAAGCGGUGAAUAUGAAUGAAUGGAUUUCACAAAAACCUUUGGAAUGGGAAAAGUAUCUGAACAAAGAAGUGAAAGUCACUGCAGAUGAAAAAAAUACAUAUCAAGGGUGGGUCUUUACUGUUGACCCUGUAUCUGGGAGCAUUGUUCUGGUCAACUUUGUGGAUGCAGGGAAGGUGUCUGUUGUGACUAUUAUGGGGCAUGCAGUUCAGACAGUGGAACUGAUAAGUGAAGGAGAAAACAUCACAAAGGAGAAACUGUCUGCCUUAUUCAUGCCUGCAGCUGCCAAGGUCUACAGCAAUGAGGAGCUUGAGCAAAGGAAGUCUAGCCUUAAAUCGUGGCUCGAAAAAAAUCGGAUUCCUGUUACAGAGCAGGGAGAUCAAAACAAAUUGCUAUGUGUGGCUGGGGUAUUGAUAGUAUCCCCACCAUACAAUCCAGAAGACUGCAAUAGUUCCAAUGAAAUUAUUCUGUCCAGAGUUCAAAGCCUCAUCAAAUGUAACCCAAAUGCCGAUCACAAAACUGAUUGAAAGGCAAGUUGAUAAAUAUGUUUCUUUUUGUAAAUAUGGCAUCUGUUCUUCAACACCAUUGUUAAACAUUAGGUGUACUUCUAUUAUAGGUCCCUAGCGUGACAAUGAUUUGGUGGUGUCUUCUUUGAUGGUCUGUAGAAUAAAAUUUGUUAAUCUUAUCCAAAUUGAUGUAUCAUUUCUGCGAACAGUAGAACUGAAACUGUCACAAAUGUUGAGAUUGUCUGCUAACCCUGCUGUGAUCUUUUGGGUACAUUUAUCUCGUGAAAUAAGAUACUGUUGUAAGUAUGCAUUUUCCAUUCUAAUGUCUAACUGAUCCAAUUUAUUAGUAAAAGGAUGUGAUCAAGUAGCUGUUCCUAUUUGUUUGUGUAAUAUAUGGCAGAACCAUACAUACGUUUCCUGCAUUGUAAUAUUUUAUCUUCAACAUUUCCAUGGAGAAAAGAAUGCAUUUUGAAAGUGUGAGUGGUAAUUUCUUAAAAUUGUCCAAAGUGAAAAUAUAGUCAUAGAGGCACACAGAACAGAAACAGGCCCUUUGGCCAAACUUGCCUGUUCUGACUAGGCUUCCUAAAUUGAACAAGUCACAUCUCUAAACCAUCCAAAUCCCUCUUAACCUUUCCUAUUCAUGUACCUAUCCAAAUGUCUAUUAAAUAUUGUAACUGUACUACCUCCACCACAUCCUCUGGCACCAUGUUCCAUAUCCGCAUUGCCCUCUGUGUGAAAAAGUUGCCCUUCUGGUCCCUUUUAAAUAUUCCUGCUCUCCAGCUAAACCUAUGCCCUCCAGUUUGGACUCCCGUACGCUUGGGAAAAGACCUUGGCAAUUCACCUUAUCUAUGCUCCUCAUGAUUUUCUAAGCCUCCUAUGCACCAGGGGGACAUGGUCCUAGCCAAUCAAAUCUCUCCUUAUAACUCAAACCCUCCAGUCUCAAAAGGACCCUUGUGAAACUAUUUUGCAUCCUUUCCAGUUUAAUAAUAUCCUUCCUGUAGGAAAGUGACUUUUUUGGUGAGCAUAGACAUGGUAGGCUGAAGGGCCUCUUUAUAUUUUGUAUGAUUUAUUGGCCCUUCAGAAGUCUUUACAUCACCUCCAUAAAUUCAUUACCUCCACACUAGCAGUUAAGGCCCUUAAAAUCAAAAUGGAGUCUGUUUAAAUUCAGCAUUCUUCCCAGAAUAGCUAAGCUAACUCAGCUAAACCUGGGUUUUCUGCCUUUGAGAUUUAUGUGCUACCACCUUCCCGUCCCCAGGAGCAAAAACUGUAUCAAACUUCAUUCAAGUUUCAAUUAUCAUUUUUAAAUGUCUCCAGAAUCAUUCCAUCUCCACAAUAAUCCUUCUGAGAUUGUUUACAGAACAACAAACCAACCAAGGUAAAGUAUUACCUUCAUCCAUUUUUAGUGAUGAAUGUAAUGAAAUGAUAUAAUUUCUGAAGCUGUCCUGGUUAUAACAGAAUUGUGACCUCCCAUUGCAUCCCUUAAUCUUCCUGUAGUUAUUUGAAGGAUUUCAUAUUUGGGAUUAGUAACAUUUUACAUGAUAUGCCUGCAUCAUGGAAAAAAUAUGCUCUGAAAAGCAGUUGCUGCCCUAAAAUCACAAGCUUCAACAUCUCCCUGCCCCCAACCGCAUCCCAAAACCAGCCCAGAUCAUCCCUGCCUCCCUAACCUGUCCGUCCUUUCUCCCCCCUAUCCACCUCUCCCACCUCAACCCUCACCCCCACCUCCUACUUACCAGCCUCAUCCCUGCCUCCUCGACCUGUCUGUCUUCGCAUGACUGACCAACCCCCACCCUAAUUCCCCACCUACUCUCACCUUUACUGGCUCCAUCCCUCCCUCCUUGACCUGUCCAUCUUCUCUCCACCUAUUUGCUCCUUUAUCCAUCUUCCAUCUGCCUCCCCCUCCCUGUUUAUUUCAGAAUUCCCCUUCCCCUCCCCCAUUUCUGAAGAAGGGUCCAGACCCGAAACAUCAGCUUUCCUGCUCCUCUGAUGCUGCUUGGCCUGCUGUGUUCAUCUAGCUCUACACCUGGUUAUCUCUUAAACUGGUAGGCCUCAACAUUGAGCAGUUGUCCUGCCAAUCAUUUGGAAGAAUGCUGGGAAAAGCUGAAAGACGUAGUUUUUAUAUUUGUGUGUAUGUAGUGAAGGAUUGAAAUAUGGAUGAUAUGUUAAUGCCAAGCGAUCAAAUAAAUUAUAUUCAUGAUAGUCAGU